GAGCCAGCUGAUGGGUGAGCAGAGGUGAGAAAGUCAAACUUCCUGGGUUCAGAUGACUUUCUCUGUUUUGCCUCAUUUGAGAGAAACUAUGGACUAACCUGCAGAACCCUUAUUUCUCUCUUGUUCUGAGCCACGGUUUAAGCAGAUGAGUGAGCAGGACAGCAGCAGCAGCAGCAGCUCUUCCUCCCAGACGGCGGGAGACAUUGAGACAGAGCUGAAUGAGGAGUUGGAGAGCGAAGAGGGAAAUGGCAAGAAGGAAAAAGGCAGCGCCACCCCCAGCCUGCCAGGCUUUGCCUCUCUUCGUGCCGUCAUACGCAUCAAACAGAAGUACCAGGCCAUGAAGAAGAGGCGGCAGGAGAUGGCCUUCGGACCGGGGAGCACCGGGGGCAUCCCAGGAGCACCAGGACGCACAAGUCCCAAAAUCUUCACUUUUGACUGUGUCACCCCCAACACCUUCCCUGCUUUUUCCUCCAUCCCUCAGAAGAAAAGGAAGAAGAUGAGAAAAAAACGUGUGUUGUUUCCCAAUGACGUGGGGCGCAAAAUAGUGCCAAAGCAGGAGCGCAGUCGAGCCACAUACUGCCUCUACCUGCUGUUUGUCAUCGUCUUUGUCCAGGUCUACAAUGCCAUUGAGAAUCUUGAUGACCACGUUCUCAGAUACGACCUUGAGGGUUUAGAGAGGACUCUGAGGAGGGAGAUGUUUGGGCAGCACGGAGCGGUAGAGGGUCUGCUAUCUCACCUGAAGGAGUACCUGUCCACGUAUGUUCACAACAAGCCCCUGGUGCUAUCUGUGCAUGGGCCCAUUGGAGUAGGAAAAAGCCACCUGGGCCGCCUCCUGGCCGGACAUUUCCGCUCUGUGGUGGGCGACACGUUGGUGCUGCAGUACUACGUUCUCCACCACUGCCCCCAGGAGGCAGACGCUGUGCAGUGCGCUCGCAACCUGUCUGCUCUCAUCACAGACAUAGUGGAGCGAGCAGAGGAGGAGGAGAAGAUCCCGCUCUUCGUCUUUGACGAGGCUGAGCACAUGCAUGUGGAGAUCCUGGACAUGUUGUUGCAUGUUGUCACCUCCAAGCAAUCCAAUGAAUACCUGAACGCCAUCUACCUAUUUCUGAGCAACCUGGGUCACACACACAUCACUAAACACAUGCUGCAGAACUCCUCAAGUAUUUAUAUGGCCAUGACAGCCUCAGGGCGCCACAGCAACUUGCUGAAAGAACUCACUCCAAUAUUACGUAACAUCCUGGAGAAGCUUCACCCCCUGUGGACAGAGGCAGACAUCUUACCUCUGAGCCUUCUGGAGAAAAGUCACGUGAUGGAGUGCUUUCUGGAUGAAAUGACACGAGAGGGCUUCUACCCGGAUUAUACCAACAUCGAGCGUCUCGCAGGGGAGAUUGAAUAUUACCCGGCUGUUGCGGGGCGUGAAUAUUCCCAAACAGGCUGCAAGCAAGUGGUGGCAAAGGUCAACCUGUUGUGAAACUCCAGCAGGAAUCUUUUCAUUCCUUUUAGAUUUUGAAGAAGCCAAUUGUGAGAAAAGUGAGUGAAGCAACACUGUUAUGAAACCUGAGAAAUGUCACAACCCAGAGCCAAAGCUUUCAGUAAGAAUGAAGAAAAUAAUGAUUUGUUGAUGAGAGUUUGGGUGUAAAACUGCUGAGUUGAAGUCAGUCCUGUGAACAUGUUUGAGGGGAUUAUAAACACUCCUCCAAAGGGCCAGUCCACUCAAUUAUCCUAUAUCUUAUUAUUUACCAUUAUUAGUUUAAAACAUUUUUUAUUUGAUUUUAUUUUAUUUAUUUUUACAUACAAAUCUUACAUGUACAACUCAACAAAUAAUGCAAAACUGUGUGCAAACAGUUCAACAGCCAUUUCACUUAAUGAGAUUUUUUUUAGCAAACAUUGCUUUACUAUGUAACAAAACUGAAUGAAUUUUUUUAUUUUGAAAAUAAAUAAAUUGAUGAAUUUGUACAAUUAAUUGUUCACACUUUUGUUCACAGAUCUCUUACCCGUU